AUGUCAAUGUGGAGAGCGAAUGGUCCAAUUCAUCCGGUGUGUGAUACUCACCAAAGGCUAGCAAGAAUGAAAGUCGUCAAAGACGUUAGUAAACCGAACUUUGGAAGGCCGUUUUUUGUUUGUUGCGACCGCGAGAAUCCAUGUGAGUUCUGGCAGUGGGGUGAUAGACAAGAGUUUCCAAAACCGAAAUGCGGACACGGAUUGAAUGCUUGCGUGCGGAAAGUCAAAAAGGAAGGAGAAAAUCAAGGUCGCCUUUUCUUUUGUUGUCCAAACGAUCGAGAAAAGUCGUGCGGAUUUUUUGAAUGGAAACUCGAUCUGGAGAACCCGUUCAACCAAGUUCAUUUUCCUCACGUUGAAAGAGUUGGUAUAUUGCAGAGUAAUCCAGCGCUAUACACAUACAUGGUAGCCGAAACGGGACUUACCUUUACCAGCGCACGGGAAAAUCCACACGAUGCCUACGCUGAAUACAUUGGGGAAUUGCCUAUUUUCUCACUAACGAAGGAUAUGGAAAAACUGUCACUUAUAGACUAUUAA